UAUGAUUGUGUUCUGUGUCCAGAAGGCACAGUCUCUCUUCAUAAAGAUAUGGAUGCUUGUAUGAAAUGUCCAGAAGACCAGUAUCCCAGCAAGGAUCAAAGUCAAUGUAUUCCCAAAGUUUUAAGCUACCUCUCUUACAAAGAAAAUUUAGGGAUUAUCUUGACUAUCUUGGCAAUUUCUUUUUCUUUUACCACAAUUCUAGUGCUUGGAAGUUUCAUGAAGCACAAGGAUACGCCCAUAGUCAAGGCCAACAACCGGAUCCUCACUUAUAUCCUCCUUAUCUCCCUUCUUCUUUGCUUCCUUUGUGCUUUGCUCUACAUUGGACAGCCAAGAAAAGAGAUCUGCCUUCUACGCCAAAUGGUCUUUGGCAUGGUCUUCUCUGUGGCUCUUUCCUGUGUAUUGGCAAAAACAAUCACUGUAGUUGUGGCAUUCAUGGCAACUAAACCAGGAUCUGGGAUGAGAAAAUGGGUGGGAAAAAGACUGGCAAAUUCAAUUGUCCUCUUCUGCUCCUUCAUUCAAGCUAGCAUUUGUACUCUGUGGUUAUGUACUUCCCCUCCCUUCCCAGAUUCAGACAUGCACUCAUUGAAUGGGAAAAUCAUACUAGAAUGUAAUAAGGGUUCAGAGACCAUGUUUUACUGUGUCUUGGGCUAUAUGGGUUCCCUUGCCAUAAUCAGCUUCAUUGUGGCUUUUCUUGCCAGGAAGUUACCUGACAGCUUCAAUGAGGCCAAGUUCAUCACUUUCAGCAUGUUGGUGUUUUGCAGUGUGUGGUUAUCCUUUAUUCCAACCUACCUGAGCACCAAAGGAAAAUACACGGUGGCUGUGGAGAUCUUCUCCAUCUUAUGCUCCAGUGCUGGAUUACUGGGUUGCAUCUUUUCCCCUAAAUGCUACAUAAUUUUGUGCAGGCCUGAGCUGAACAACAGAGAGCAAAUAAUGGCCAGAAAAAAGUGA